AUGAUCAAUCAAGCCAAAGUCCAGAAUAUAAUUCUACGUCCAAUAUUCAUAAUGCCCUUGGCUCCACAUUAUCCCAGAAAGACAAGGAGAGGGCUCAAGCUUUGGCUCAUCCACACCACCCUUACCAACUGUCACAAGAUGGCGAUGGCAACCUCUGUUUCAGGCCAAGUUCCUGUGAAAGUCUUACACCGGGAUGGCUCAAUCAGCAACUCCCUUAUCAUGGAUCAAGCACUGUCUGACUGGCCCCCUUUGAAAGCUCCAGAGGGAUGUGCACCUCCCAAUACUCACAUACAAAGGGGUUUACUUGCAGACUGGGGAUUUGCAGCUGUAUUUGAAGAUACUGAAGAGAACAUUCUUGAUGACGAUGACCACUAUUUUGGAUUGAAACCUGGUGACGUCCAGAAGCUGCAAGAGUUGGUGAAGUCCAUGCUAUCCACCGUUAACCAUGAGGAAGAAAUAAUCCGCUCCAACCAGAGUGUCUAUUUGCCGGAUUCAUUUUUACGUCAUAAUCAACCUGAGUGGACAUUGGAUGUUGCAGAGGAGAGAUCAGAGGGCUGGCAAGUUGAUAAUGGAAAUCAUGUUCUUGAGCGUACAGGGACAGAGCCUUUUAUGGCGGUGGAAGUGCAAAAUGCACAGCCUGGUGACUGGAUUCAACACACUGCCCAUCACAACCUGCAGUUGUUCUAUUACACAUUGCUGGCCAUGUGUGUCUUGAUGGUAAAGCCCUAUGAGAUGAAAGAUGUAAAUGCUAAAGAAAAGGAUGACAUCAAGAAAUGGCUAAGUCCCGAGUUCACUUCAAUGUUUACCCGCUCUGAUUCUGCUUUCCACAAGUAUCAGACCUUUGGCAGAGUUGAUGGUCUCAGCUUGUUUCUUCAAAACUAUGUAUCUGAAUACUUUGCCUUUAUGAUCCCUUACUUCAAGCACCUCUGCAAGGUUCGGUUUGGGUCCACAUUGUUCCUCUCAAAAAGAUGUGUAGAGGCAGGUCCGCCACCAUUCUUUGUACUGUCAUAUGCCUCCCAUGGCAAUGUUCUUGAUAUCCUCGGGGAAGCUCUAGAGGAAAUUCAAUGCAAUGAAAGGUGGAAGAAUCUGAGGAGGCCUUUUAGCAGACUAUCAGGGUUUGUCCAUCAUCUGGAUCUUUGGAGGUCCAAUGACGAGCAAUUUGCAUUUUAG